UAAACAACACAACCCCUUUUCUCCAUUUCAAUUUCUAGAGAGAGAAACUGCAAAAAGAUUGAAUUUUUAGCCAUACCCACCUCCCAAAUUCGGUUUCUUGAAAUAAAAAAAUUAGGGUUUAUGUUUAUUCAUCCUCCUCAUCAUCUUCUUUGCUGUUGCCUGUUUCAGGGUUGAAUUUCCAUCUGGGUGUUUGAUUUUUGGGUUGUUUGUUUAAUUUAUUCAUCUGGGUAUCGGUUAAUUUUUGUUUUUUUUGGUUUUGGGUGGAAAAAGAUUCGAUCUUUUGAAUUCUUUUUCAAUCUUUUUCAAUCAUCGCACUGUUUUAUUGCUGUUUGUGAUGUUUGUGAUGAAAAGGUUGAAUCUUUUUGAGGGUUUUAGGUGUUAAAUUUGUGGGGAUGAUGAAGAGGAACACAUGGUUAAUCUGAAAUUGAAGUAUGAGUAACAGUAACAGUGAGAAGAAGAACAUCAUUAGGACAAUAGAAGAAGGGGAUUUCGAUAAUAAUAAUAAUAAUAAUUAUAAUAAUAAUAAUAGUAGUGAUGGUAAUAAUAAUAAUAAUAGCAACAAUAGCAAUCAUAAGUCUGGGACGGUUAAAUCGGGAUCGGGUUGCUCGAAAUCCGUUUGUUCGAAUGGGUCGAUCACAAGUUCUGACUGUACGAUCGAUGAACGGGUGCUUGUCGAUCCGAAACUGCUGUUUAUUGGAGCUAAAAUUGGAGAAGGGGCUCAUGGGAAGGUUUACGAAGGAAAGUACGGUGAUCGAAUAGUGGCAAUAAAGGUCCUCAACCGUGGGAGUAAGACGGAAGAACGGGUCGCACUUGAAAGCCGUUUUGCUCGAGAAGUUACUAUGAUGUCAAGAGUGAAACAUGAAAACUUAGUGACGUUUAUCGGAGCUUGUAAAGACCCGUUAAUGGUGAUCGUAUCUGAAUUGUUACCAGGGAUGUCACUCAGAAAAUACCUCGGCAGUAUUCGUCCGAAUCAGUUAGACCUUCGUUUAGCUUUAAAUUUUGCUCUUGAUAUUGCUCGAGCUAUGGAUUGUUUGCAUGCGAACGGGAUUAUACAUAGAGAUUUAAAGCCUGAUAACUUGCUACUUACUGCAAAUCAGAAGUCUGUAAAGCUUGCCGAUUUCGGUCUUGCAAGGGAAGAAACCGUUACCGAAAUGAUGACGGCGGAGACUGGUACUUACCGUUGGAUGGCACCCGAGUUGUAUAGCACGGUGACCUUGCGUCAAGGGGAGAAAAAACAUUACAACAACAAAGUUGAUGUUUAUAGCUUCGGUAUUGUGCUUUGGGAGUUGGUUACAAACCGAAUGCCAUUUGAAGGCAUGUCAAAUUUGCAGGCUGCUUAUGCUGCUGCUUUUAAGCAAGAAAGGCCGAAUCUUUCGGAUGAUAUCUCGCCUGAACUCGCGUUCAUCAUACAAUCAUGUUGGGUUGAAGAUCCGAAUCUAAGACCGAGUUUCGACCAAAUAAUACGCAUGCUCAACACAUUCCUCUUCACCCUACCGCCACCACCACCUUCAUCGCCGCCAGAAGAAUGUGAUGCCAGCGAGGAUGCAGCCGCCAGUAAUGGCGGCGAGCUUUCUGCACGCUCAAGACGGAAGUUUUCUUUUCUUCGCCAGAUUUUUGCUGCCAAAAAGACCAAGAACUCGCAAUGACCGACCCCCCAUAAGAUGUUUCAAAUUCGAAGGGAUCUCUCGUAUGUCUAAAAAGAUGAGAUCUUUGAUGUGAAUUUGUGAAUGUUUGAUGAAGAAAAUAUGGAAUACAUGAGAAAAAGUGUCUUGCUGCUCUAUAUUGGUUGUAAAUGAGGCACAUAAAACUCUAGAUUUUUCUCUUAUGUUAAUAUAAUGAAUGCUCCAGUUUAGCUUAA